AUGGCUGCAAACACUGCUCCUCCACAUUCUUCUCAUGUCAAACCGCAGGUGCACAGCGUAGUCGCUGGGCCUGUCCAUACACCACUAACUCCUUCUCGUCUCCUCUCUCUCUGCAUGUCAGAGAAGGCAAUUGGCAACUGGUGGGUUGUCUUUGAUAAGGUAACACUUGAGCAAGUGUCUCACUGGUGA